UCUCAUUUGUGUCUGGAAGUAACUAGCCAAUUUAACCAGUUAGCUUGGAAGCUUGACUGCUGUUGUGAGGUCAGAACGCUCGGAUCAACCCUACUCAUCUGCCGGAGCGUCCGGUGUGCUCUCUGAACGCUCCUAGAGCGACGCGCUCUAGAUUUACAAACGGACAAUCUGACAACGCUCAGAAUUUGCGAACGCCGAGAGAGCACUCUGCGCGCACUCUGGGCGAACUCUGGCACUCCAAAAGGAAUUUACAAACACACCAUAUUAUGCAGUCGCGUGAUGGAGUUUAUGGAACGUUAGAAAUCAUUCUGUAUUUGUGCAGUUCUGAGACCAAUCACAUAUGUAUCGGAUAUCUACCAAAUAGAAAUAAUAUAGUGAUGGGCAUUCAGUCUUUUCGGGGAGCCUGAUAUUUUUUCUCUGUUCACUUAGAAGAGACGUUAAUUUGGCUCCCAAACAUUAUGGCCCCCACAUAUCCCAUACGACAAAUCAAAGGCUGUUGUCUGGUGUUAUGAUGUUUGUACGCUUGUGGCUAGAUGGAGUACAGUUCCAUCUAGAUGGCGUGUAGGGGACAACGCAGGGACGGAGCAUUAAUCCAAUCCCCUCAAACUCUGGCUGUUGUUGUCGAUUAAUGGAGCUAGUGGGCGUGUCUGUUUAAAAUAAACUGUAUUUCAUACCGCGCUCAGGGCUAGUUUGCAACCACAAAACCAGAUUGCAGCGAAGAACGAGACGGACAUGUCGGAGAGCCGGAGAAAAGAUGCUGCGCAAAACGGUGCAGAGCCAUACGUGGCCAGACCAAAUGUUGGCAACAGGGUGACUGUAGUGCUAGGGGCUCAAUGGGGCGACGAGGGCAAAGGGAAAGUUGUGGACCUACUCGCUCAGGACGCCGAUAUUGUUUGCAGAUGCCAGGGUGGUAACAAUGCAGGACACACGGUGGUGGUGGACUCUGUGGAGUAUGACUUCCACCUUCUACCCAGCGGCAUUAACAACCCCAAGGUCACUGCUUUCAUUGGUAACGGGGUAGUGAUCCACCUGCCUGGCCUCUUUGAGGAGGCUGAGAAGAAUGUGGGCAAAGGCAAAAGUCUGGUGGGCUGGGACAAGAGGCUGAUCAUUUCAGACCGAGCACACAUUGUGUUUGAUUUCCAUCAAGCGGUCGACGGUGUGCAAGAGCAGCAGAGACAAGAGCAAGCGGGCAAGAACCUCGGAACAACAAAAAUGGGGAUUGGCCCGGUGUACUCAGCCAAAGCAGCCCGCAGCGGCCUCCGGAUAUGUGACCUCAUGUCUGACUUCACGCUGUUCUCUGAAAGAUUUAAAGUCUUAGCCUCGCAGUAUCAGUCUAUGUACCCGACCCUGGUGAUUGACAUCGAUGGAGAGUUGUCCAAGUUGAAGGAUUACGUGGAGAAGUUAAAGGAUAUGGUGAAAGAUGGCGUCUUCUACAUGUACGAGGCCCUACAUGGACCUCCCAAAAAGAUCCUGGUAGAAGGAGCCAACGCUGCCCUCUUAGAUAUUGACUUUGGAACGUACCCUUUCGUGACCUCGUCUAACUGCACAGUCGGCGGGGUGUGCACGGGCCUAGGCAUGCCACCUCAGAACGUGGGUGAGGUGUACGGCGUGGUCAAGGCCUACACCACCCGGGUUGGCAUCGGAGCCUUUCCCUCUGAGCAGUUCAAUGAUGUUGGGGAGCUCCUGCAGACGAGGGGGAAAGAAGUGGGUGUGACCACGGGCCGUAAAAGGAGAUGCGGUUGGCUGGACCUCGUGCUCAUCAAAUAUGCCCACAUGAUUAACGGCUUCACUGCCUUAGCUCUCACCAAACUAGACAUCUUGGAUGUGCUCCCUGAGAUCAAAGUUGGUGUAUCAUACUCUGUGGACGGUGAAAAUAUACCUCAUUUUCCAGCCAACCAGGAAGUCUUACAAAGUGUUGAGGUUCAGUAUGCCACCCUGCCAGGUUGGAACAGUGACACCUCUGCCGUCAGAACGUUCGAUGAGCUGCCAGAGAACGCCCAGAAAUAUGUCCGCUACAUUGAGGAGCACCUCGGUGUGCCCGUGAAAUGGAUUGGAGUGGGAAAAUCUCGGGAGUCCAUGAUCCAGAUCUUCUAAGAGCUUCUCCUCCAAACCCUCAGUCCCCUCUUCCUACCUCCAGAUGGCUGCCUGGUUCCAGGGGCCUGUGGCCUGGGAAGGUGGUCUAUGCUGCAUGACCCCCCCCCCCCCCCUUCAUUGGAGACUCUUCAAAAUUGCCUCUCUGGUCAUUAAGAUGGAAGUACACUUCAGCUACAUCUCUUACUCCCCAUGUAUGGUUUGUGAGAAGCCCCCUCUUCUGGCCUUUCUGGAUCUGCUCUUCUUCCACACUUGCCCAUGCACUACAUACACACUCAUAUCCAUUCAAUAUCCCCAUAUUCCAACUUCUGAUCCAGAUGUGUGACACACUGUCAUUCACCUGUCUACAAGCCAAUGUCAGACUGUUCAGUAUGACCAUAUGUACAGUGCUGCAGUGGAACUUGGUUGAUUCAUUAACUGAUGUUUUGUGGCUCUAGUGUGAUGAAAUCACUUGUGCCCGUUUGUGUAGAUGUAUUCUUUAUACCUAGCAUGCCCAUGAAACAGCCCUCUAGCAACUACAGAUUCCACGUGUUCUGCAUGGACAACGGUCCCUGGCGAUACCAGUCUCUGUAUUCAAAUUGGAUAAUUGCAGAAAAUGUAGAAUCUGUUUGUUACAAAGACCUUGUUCCCAGCAACAUAGCUGGAACAAAGCCAUUAUGCAAGAAAAUAGAUUUAGGUUCAAUUACAAUCUUAAAUGGGCCUUUUGGAGGCGUCGCAAUCAAACAACCUCAUUCAUUUCCCUCUCAUUCAUUUCCCCAGUUGACUAAAACUGUUAGUUGUCUCAUUUCAAAGCAGUAAAAAGUUGUACUACUAAACAGUGAGCAGUUUAGGUCAGUUAGCAUGUUGAUGGGUCAUCUUGCUAUGAAACUCCACAUUUUGAAAUGACGCAUGAAUGCAAUCCUAAAUUUAAGCUCCACUGCGAACACGAUGUAGAUAUGCUAAACUCUAGUCUUAGGACUUCUACACGAUCAUAUUGUAUAUUUUAUUUCUAGGACUAGGUAUGGUUGAUUCUGUUCUGCUACUGUUAGACGUGUGGGUGUUUCUGCAGAUGUAGUGUAUUAGACAGCAGAUUGUCUCCUGACUCAGUGACCACUAUGUAACAUGUGUUUCCCGUUAGUUCUAUUUCAAUCACUAAUAUACAAUCUAAAUAUUUAAAAUGAAAGUCAUUAAAUGAUCUUGCCUGUUUACGUAUGGAUUGAAUAUAAAAACCUCUGAAUGGCUCGAUUAUGAAAUAAAAAUAGUUACGGGGAGAGGCAUGUGUUCAAGUUCAACCUUGUACAUGAGGUGCCUAUUCAUGUAGAAAUGGGAAACUGUAAAACAUUAGUUUGCCUUUGUGUCUGCAGGUCUCUACAGAGAUGGGUGUAGACUGCUGUGAAAGAAGGGCUUUCUACAUUGGUGGUGGAGUGCUUUCUCUUUUUUUCUUUUUUUUAUAUGGACUGUCAGACCCCUUCCCUUUUUCCACAGGAAAGUGUUUUUUUGUCACAGCCUUAUUCUAAAAUUGAUUAUAUUCAAUUUUUUCCUCAUCAAUCUACACAAUACCCUAUAAUGACUAUGUGAAAACAGGUUUUUAGAAAUAUUUGCACAUUUAUACAAAAUAAAUACCGUAUCUACAUAAGUGUUCAGACCCUUUGCUAUGAGACCCCAAAUUGAGCUCUGGUGCAACCUGUUUCCAUUGAUCAUCCUUGAUGUUUAUACAACUUGAUUGGAGUCCACCUGUGGUAAAUUCAAUUGAUUGGAUAUGAUUUGAAAGGCACACACCCGUCUAUAUAAGGUCCCACAGUUGUCAGUGCAAAAACCAAGCCGUGAGGUUGAAGGAAUUGUCCGUAGAGCUCGAGACAGGAUUGGGUCGAGGCACAGAUUUGCAGCAUGAAGGUCCCCAAGAACAGUGGCCUCCAUUGUUCUUAAAUGGAAGAAGUUUGGAAACCACCAAGACUCUUCCUAGAGCUGGCUGCCCAGCCAAACUGGACAAUCGGGGGAGAAGGGCCUUGGUCAGGGAGGUGACUGAGAAUCUGAUGGUCACUCUGACAGAGCUCCAGAGUUUCUCUGGUGAUGGGUGAACCUUCCAGAAGGACAACCAUCUCUGCAGCAAUCCACCAACCAGGCCUUUCUGGUAGAGUAGCCAAGCGGAAGUCACUCCUCAGUAAAGUUCACAUGACCACCUGCUUGGAAUUUGCCAAAGGGCACCUAAAGGACUCUCAGACCAUAAGAAACAAGGUUAUCUUGUCUGAUGAAACCAAGAUUGAACUCUUUGGCCUGAAUGCCAAGCGUCACAUCUGGAGGAAACCUGGCACCAUCCCUAGGGUGAAGCAUGAUGGUGGCAGCAUCAUGCUGUGGAGAGGUUUUCAGCAGCAGGGACUGGGAGACUAGCCAGGAUCGAGGGAAAGCUGAACGGAGCAAAGUACAGAUAUAUCCUUGAUUAACGCGUGCUCAGAACCUCAGACUGGGGUGAGGUUCACCUUCCGACAGGACAACGACCCCAAUCUCACAGCCAAAACAAUGCAGGAGUGGCUUCAGGACAAGUCUCAAUGUCCUUGAGUGGCCUGGACUUGAACCCGAUCAAACAUCUCUGGCGAGACCUGAAAAUAACUGUGCAACGACACUCCCCAACAUAACAGAGCUUGAGAGGAUAUGCAGAGAAGAAUGGGAUAAACUCUCCAAAUACAGGUGCCAACCUUGUAGCGUCAUACCCAAGAAGUCUCGAGACUAAUCGCUGCAGAAGGCGCUUCAACAAGGGACUGAGUAAAGGGUCUGAAUACUUAUGUAAAUAUAAUAUUUACAAUUCAAAACCUGUUGCUUUGUCAUUAUGGUGCAUUGUGUAGCUUGAUGAGGGGGGACUAUGAAUCCGUUUUUAGAAUAGGGCUUUAAAGUAACAAUGUUGAAAAAGUGAAGGCGUCUGAAUACUUUCCGAAUGCACUGUAGUUACUGUCAGGUACAUUCUUACAUAACUUCUCUACUGAAAACGGUGAUCUCCGCUAGGCUUAUGUUCACUGGUAAAGUCUGUUUCAUUAUUCCAUGUGGAUUUUAAGAUAUCAGACUGUUAUUUUAGUGGCCUUAAAUGUUAACCUGGGCCUUGUCUGAAUACCUCUGACAUACAUCUUUCUUUUCUACCUUGAGGCUCGUCUGGAAAUGAGUGGAUAGGUCAAAAGAUGUUUACACCAGGUCUUACCCCCCCCCCCCCCCCCCCCCCUGUGUAGUGUCUUGAAAGUGGCUUAGUAUUGUGUUCUCUAUCCCACCACAUCAGCUCAACAUGGUAUGCUUAACAUUGUUGUUUGAGUGGGAUCCAAACAACUUUGUCAGUUAAUUAGGGUUUGAGGAGCAAUGUGUAAAAAAUAAUUGACAACAAGCCUCCUUUAGCCAAAAACAAAUGUGUAGGGUGCAAAAUGAGUUUUUGAUGCUUUGAGACAAAGGGAUAAAAUCCUUCUCUAAAUUAAGAGAAAUGUAGAGUACAUUGGAUCCUGAUCCAGGUGAAAAAUCCAUAUUUUGUUAGAUGUUUGCUGUACAGUGUGUUUUCUUCCAAGCACUACCUUCCAAAGUCACUAAACUCAGUAAUCAUUUGAAUUAGUGGCAUUUUAAAAGAAACAUUCAUUGGCUUGAUGACUAGGUUUUAAUCUAACUCCAAUUUUUGACCUGUUCAUUUGAACAUUGCACAUGUAAACACAUAUUUGGUCUUUUGUUUUGAAACUAUUGACCUACUUUCAGUUCUGCAAUGUGUUGCUGCUUUGUUAACUCUCUAAAUGUGUGUGUAUAUGAAAUCCAAUACCAUAUGAUCAUCAUCUUAUUGUAGCACGGUGUUCAAUAUGGGGUUUUUGACUGGAGUUUUAUCAAAUGUCAUUUGUACAGUACUGGUCUUACAUUUUUUAAAUUACAAAGUCAUUUCAAUAUUAAACAAUUGUUAAUACAACCCUAGAACAAGAUUCCAACUAAUAAAUAAACAUGAGAAAUAUAUCA